CUCAUUGAAAUAGGUAUUUGUACUUUCAAUUAAAUUUUAAUAUUACUGGAUUAAUAAAUCCAAGUUCAAAUUGGGAGCGGUUUCACAGUUACUCUGUCGUUUUACUCUCUCUCUCUCUACCUUCGAUCCAUUCCGUCGUAAGUCCCCGACUCGGUUCCUUCCUUCUCUGAUUAUGUCUGGUAACCCAGGAGCCUCGGCUUCCUAUAAAUCUGAUACCAUGGAGCUUGCCCGGAGUACCCAGGGUAGGUCGGCAUCCACAUCCGCUCAUCCCGAUGAUCAGGCGGACGACGGAUGCCUCUCCGGGGAUGACCUGGAGUUUUACGAGCGGGGGAUGCCCAGCAGGCCCCCGUUACUCCCUACACUUCCAUUGCAUUCGGCGUCAGCGCUAGUUCCUAUAUCACUGUGAUAUCAACAUGAUCAACCAACUCAUACCCCCGGGCUUGGGACCCCCGGUUCAUUCGUCAUCUGAUGUGCCAUCUGUCUGGCCAUGUGGUCGUUCACUUGGACUCAAUAAUAGCCGGACUAGGUUUCCCUGUGCAUCCGUUUCUCAUUGGACUCUAUCGAGAGCUCCGAAUCGUACCCGCGCAGCUCAUUCCAACUGCGUAUAGGCUUAUAGCCGGUUUCAUCACCUGGUGCCAUAGUGUGGUGGUCGUCCCUACUACGGAUUUGUUCCUUCACUUCUUUCGUGUUUCCCCCUUUGGCCGUACAGGUUACCUUGGCUUGACUGCCCGUCCCCAGCGAGUCUUUUUUACCAAUAAUGGUCCGAAUCUUGAGGACUGGGAGAUGAAGUUCUUCUUCGUCGAAGUGGGUUCCUUGAUGCCUUUUUCGGACCGGUGGAAUCCGUACCCGGUCAAGUUUGACUCUCCGACCCUGAGUGAUGAAGAGUUAUGUUACGCUGCACGUAUUGCCUCCCUCGGAACCCAAAACCUCCGACAGCUCGUGGUCGCCUCCCUUAUGGUGAAAGCUGGGAUAGGUAUGCUUAAUCGCAGCUCGGGGUUUUGGGCCUUGUGUAAUUUAUAACUCUAACUGUGCUUUCCCCUUUGCAGGUGUUUUAUACCAAUCCCCAAGACAUGGGCUGCACAAACAACAUCCCCCCAAUCCUAGACCGAUCCGAUAAGGAAAAGGGGAAGAUGACCGUCGAGGCGGGGCAUUUUGUGACGCGGUCCAGAGUGCGGGCCGAUGCUGAAGCCGAGCGUCUUCACAAGAAAUCCCGCCAUGAUGAUGCUUCUAAGGUCGUGGUUUUGGUUGACGUAUCCGAUGAUGAGACAAACAUCCCCUCUGAGCAGAAUGCGGCUCAUCCUCCUCUGAAAUCGGAGAUUAACAAUCUUACCUCGGGGCUCAUUGAGUUCUCCCGGGUCAGGCCUCAUGCUGAAUCAAGGAUGCUCUUUGGACAGACCGCUUCGUCCAUCUGGUGCAUUCUGAUUUCGCCGCAUAUGAGGAGCUUGAGGACUUGCUCGAGAGCGGCCUAUGAGUGGCAAGGUCGGGUAGUGGUCAAGCUGAAAGUCGAGUCCAAUGACCUGCUCAAGAAUGCCAAGGGUUGGGUUGCCCGUCUUCAAAAAAAGGCGGAUACUGCUCAUAAGCUCGUCCGGGAGAAUGCUUCCCUGCAAGAGAAGCUUAAGGGUCGGGACGGCGAGUUGCAGAUGCUUCGUGCCCAGCUGGCAGUGGCUGAGAGUGCCGGUGUGGCCGUCCAUCGGGUUGGGGCUCAUGGGGCAACGCUUGCCUACGUCUCUAAGAUCAAGACAACUGGUUCGACUGAGUUCCAGAGGUCCACGGCCUUUCGGAACGCUUUGCAGAUCGCUGCUAAGAAGCAAUUCCUUCGGUUUAUCGUGGAACAUUUGGCGCAGUGCGAAGAUCCUUAUUUGGGCAGCAUUGAUUUGCUCAAGGGUUCCCGCGAGGGUUAGCGGUUCCUCGCGGAUUUGGCUGACGCUACUUUUGGGCCAAAAGGCAUGAUCUGUCUUGUUCAGGAGAAUCUCCCGGUCCUGGAGCAUAAUUUUCCGACUUCGUUCAACUCUGAGGCCGCCGGAUUUGAUCCGCUGUUCGUCGAGGCCCAUGAGGGGGGCCUUAAACUCAUCAAGGAGAAAAAGGAUGUUGCCUCUAAGGGUGCCUCUCCAGGUGGC